UUCGAAUUCUAUAUCUAUUGGACAGUGAUGUUAUAGACAGAAAUUCAGCCUAGUCAGGAGACCAGCUUGAACCGGGAGGCGAAGGUUGCAGUGAGCCGAGAUCGCACCUUUACACUCCAGCCUGAGCAACAGAGUGAGACUACGUCUCAAAACAAACAAACAAAAAUAAAAACAUUCAGGGUAGUGCUGCAAGAUACAUCAUUCUAGUUCUAGCUGAAGGCAUAUCUAAGCCAGCAGGUGGCUCCCAUCCGGUUUCACGCAUCCCUAGGACGCUGCCCGGGCUGCGGGACUUGAAGCGCGGGAAUCUCGGCCCUGGCACCGACUCCCAGGAAAAACUACAGGGCCCGGCGUGCACUGCGCGCCUCUGGGGGCGGGAGCCGGAAGGAACUGGCGGCAUUGUGACGUCACGUCCGUCUCGCAGGCGGAUUCUCCUCGCUCUCUUCGAGGCGCGUGUGAUGGAGGUGGGAGGGGAAGCUCAGCGAAGCAGUGGGGAGACGGGGCAGGUGCAUCCGGGCUAACUUUACCGAGUCUGUUUUUGAGGGAAGAGGUUGUGAGGACCGUAUCUUCUGGGACGCAUUUCACGUGGGAAGGCGCUCCACGCCUGGAACUGUCAGCAGCCGGCGCGUGAAGAGCUCCUGCUGCGGGCGAGCGCGGGGCCUCUGGCCUGGCAGCCUCAGGACCUAGUGGGUCAGGCGCUCACGCUGUUCCCACUGCACGACCUCAGUGCCUUGCCUGGCGCCUCCCGUCCUGUAACUGGCCGACUUGGGGUCCCACCCGGGCUUCUCCAGCGGCCGGGAAGGGGCUCUGCUUCCGGAAGUAUUAGGAAGGGAGGCAGCGUGAAGCAGGAGUCCCUUCUUCCGAGCAUCGCUAAAGCCUUUUCUUCCCUGGCAGCCGAUUUCCUUUUCUUUGGAAAGGACGUCAGUUUUUUCGCUUGUUGAAACUGUUCAGAGAUGCGGUCUUGUGGGCAAAUACAUGCCUGUUUAACUGAGCUGUUAUUUUGAGCUAAUAAGUUCUUCAAGUUUUUCAAGAUCUAAGAGGGGGUUUAGGCUCGAAUUAUGAUGGACCCAGUGUAGCAAAACAUUUAUUCAUUCCAACAAUUGUGCAUGCCCAUUCAGACUCAACUACCUGAGUGAGAUGAUGCCGUUCUGGGCUGCUUCGUUUUAGGGAGUCACUGUUUCUUCUGGCAACUUCUACCUGCCUUGGCUAUUGAGGUCUCAGCACCAGCUCAGACCAUGUGGACCGCAGAUGAGAUUGCUCUGCUGUGCUAUGAGCACUAUGGCAUCAGGCUGCCCAAGAAGGGGAAGCCUGAGCCAAACCAUGAGUGGACAUUGUUGGCAGCUGUGGUGAAGAUACAAUCUCCAGCUGACCAGGACUGCGACACCCCUGAUAAGCCGGCAAAAGUGACAAAGGAAGUUGUCUCAAUGGGAACGGGAACAAAAUGCAUAGGCCAGUCCAAAAUGAGGAAGAGCGGAGACAUCCUCAAUGAUAGCCAUGCUGAGGUCAUAGCCAGAAGGAGUUUCCAAAGGUACCUUCUCCAUCAACUCCAGUUGGCAGCCACCCUGAAAGAGGAUAGCAUCUUUGUCCCAGGAACUCAAAAAGGACUGUGGAAACUCAGAGGAGACCUCAUUUUCGUGUUUUUCUCCAGCCACACACCCUGGGGGAGUUCAUUCUCUGCAGGUGGGGAUGCCUCCAUCAUUCCAAUGCUUGAGUUUGAAGAUCAGCCUUGCUGUCCUGUCAUCAGAGAUUGGGUCAGCAGCUCAUCAGUAGAAGCCAGCAGUAACCUGGAAGCUCCUGGAAAUGGAAGAAAAUGUGAAGACCUUGACAGUCCUGUAACCAAAAAGAUGAGGCUUGAGCCUGUGACUGCGGCCAGGGAGGUCACCAACGGAGCCGCUCACCAUCAGAGUUUUGGCAAGCAGCAAAGUGGCCCAGUCUCACCAGGCAUCAACAGCUGUAAUCUCACUGUAGAGGGACUGGCGGCUGUCACCAGAAUAGCCCCUGAUAGUGCCAAAGUGAUAGACGUUUAUAGAACUGGAGCCAAAUGUGUACCUGGAGAAGCUGGAGACUCUGGGAAGCCCGGUGCUGCAUUUCACCAGGUGGGGCUGCUCCGAGUGAAGCCAGGCCGUGGAGACAGAACGCGCUCCAUGUCCUGCAGUGACAAGAUGGCCCGAUGGAAUGUCCUCGGAUGCCAAGGGGCACUGUUGAUGCAUUUCCUGGAAGAACCUAUCUACCUGUCAGCUGUGGUCAUUGGGAAGUGCCCAUACAGCCAGGAAGCCAUGCAGAGAGCACUGACUGGAAGGUGUCAGAAUGUAUCUGCUUUACCAAAAGGCUUUGGAGUUCAAGAACUAAAAAUACUGCAGUCAGAUUUACUAUUUGAACAGAGCCGCUGUGCAGUACAGGCCAAAAGGGCUGACAGCCCAGGUCGACUUGUUCCUUGUGGGGCAGCCAUCAGCUGGAGUGCAGUUCCUGAGCAGCCUUUGGAUGUUACUGCCAAUGGCUUUCCACAGGGAACAACGAAGAAAACAAUUGGAAGUCUUCAGGCAAGAUCCCAAAUCAGCAAAGUUGAACUGUUUAGAUCAUUCCAGAAGCUGCUAAGCAGAAUUGCAAGGGACAAGUGGCCAGACUCCCUCAGGGUGCAGAAGCUGGAUACCUACCAAGAUUACAAGGAGGCUGCGUCCUCUUACCAGGAAGCCUGGAGCACACUCCGGAAGCAGGCGUUUGGAUCCUGGAUCAGAAACCCCCCGGAUUAUCACCAGUUCAAAUCUGUGGAAAAAUUGUCUUCCAUGAAACCAGUCCCUGGUGCCAAAAAGGUUGGGGACUGCUGCUCUAAGGAAGACUUUUUCGUGCCUCGGGGACUGCUGCUCUAAAGAAGAGUCUUUCGUGCCUCCUCCUCAGCUUCUGGUGGCUCCUGGCAGUCUUUGGCUUGUGGCUGCAUCACUUCAGUUUCUCCCUCUGUCUUCACAUGGCCUUCUUUCCUGUGUCUGUGUCUUUCCAUGGCCUACUUAUAAGGACCCCAGUAAUUGAAUUUAGGGCCUGCCCUAAUCCAGUCUGAUUUCAUCUUAACUAACUAUAUCUGCAAAGACUCUAUUUCCAACUAAAGUCACAUUCUGAGGUUCCAGGUAGACAUGAAGUUUUGGGGGAUACCACUCAACCCAUUGCAGAACCCAUUAGCAGUCACUUCCCAUUCCUCAACGCCCCUACCCCAGGGCAAUCAGUAAUCUACUUUCUGUCUCUUUGGAUUUGUCUAUUCUGAACAUUUCAUAUAAAUGGAAUCAUAUAAUA